AUGUCUAUUCGUCAAAAGCACCCCAGAGAGCCUCUUCUACAGGGACGAUGGUCCCAAAGCUUUGCGAUACUUGUAAUCAGUGUGGCAAUAUUCACUGAUAACUUUCUCUAUCUUGUCGUUGUACCAGUGAUCCCAUGGUCUAUUACUGAAAGAGUCGGAGUCCGUCCAGAAGAUGUUCAAUUUUGGACUUCGUGCCUUCUAGCUGUCCACAGUGCGGGUCUCCUAGUGUCUGGAACACUCUCUGGAUACAUCGCUGAUCAUGUAUCUCGCCGUCUUCCCUACCUUAUUGGCCUAUGCGCCCUCGCUGGAUCGACCCUAUUAUUAUGUCUCGGACGAACUAUCGGCCUGAUCGCACUUGGGCGUGUCCUUCAGGGUGUUUCAUCCGGCGUAGUAUGGACCGUUGGGCUAGCUAUAUUAGUUGAUCAAGUUGGACCAGACCAUAUCGGAUAUACAAUGGGCUAUAUAGGUAUCGCUGUGAAUGCUGGUACACUGAUGGGACCCGUGUUUGGAGGCAUAGUCAUGCGACAAGCAGGAUAUUAUGCCGUUUUUGCAAUGUGCCUUGCCUUAGUCACAUUGGACAUAAUAUUUCGCUUCUGUCUUCCGGAUAAACCGGCGAGACUGUCAUUUUUUGACCCAGAAGCGAACGGGUCGGUGUACAGCUACCCUGGCCAACCUAGCUCACUCGAAUCUUCGCCUCUACUAUCACAUAAUUUGGUACAGAAUACGACUACUCGACCAGUCGUUAUUCAUCUGUUGCGUUCUCGUCGACUUUUGGUCGCACUCUGGGGAACAUUUAUGCAAUCGGUUCUUAUAUGCGGCUUUUACUCUGUCCUCCCUCUCUUCGUCUGGGAAACAUUCGGCUGGGAUGCCAUGGCAGCUGGUUUGAUCUUUCUACCGAUUGCCUUGCCAUGUCUCCUGGGUCCUUUACUCGGGACACUGACUGACCAGUGGGGACCGCGGUACAUUGGAUCUGCUGGCUUCUUAUUGGCCGCUCCAUGUCUUAUUGUACUUCAAACUGUCGCAGAAGACACUCUCAUAUGCAAAGUCAUUCUGGCUGUUCUAUUGCUUCUCGUGGGAAUCUCUUUGCAAGCGGUCUUGCCCCCGACUAUGGCAGAAAUAUGUUUCGUUGUCGAUAACAUGGAGCAGGAACAUCCGGAGAUUUUCGGAUAUGGAAGUGCUUAUGCACAGGCAUUCGGUCUCUCGUGUACAUCCUUUGCAGCUGGAACUGCCGUCGGGCCAAUCUGGGCUGGAUUCAUGCGGGAGAAAUUUGGGUGGACAGCCUUGACUUGGUCACUUGGUGCAGUGAGUGUACUGACAGGGGUGGCCAUGGGGACAUGGCUCGGUGUGCCAUCUACCAAGGAAAUCUGA